AUGAUAGCAAAGGAUAUGGUAGAGCAACUUCAAAUCCUUGCUAAUAAAGGUGAAAUUCAAGUUAAAAAUGUUCUUAAAAUAACAAAAGUCUUAAGUUGGAUUACACGGUAUGCAGUUCAAUUAACUUCUGAACAGAGAGCACAAGCAAUUAUACUGCUUAAAAACAGCUUUGCUUCAAGAGAAAUUGCCGCCAAGUUGGUUGUAAAAGCCAUACAACCAUUUCAAGACUUAAAAAAAA